AUGCGCAACGCUCAGGCCGAAAAUGACAAUUAUCAGCGGACUAGCGGACUAGCUUCGCCCUGUGCCGUGCUCACGGAAGCUAGCGACGUGGAGAUUCAGUCCAUUCCCAAAGGCGCGCCGGAGCGCCCGACUUACCCCAUGCUCCAAGGCGUUGGGGUUUGGAUCGAGCAUUUGCGUCAUCUCGGGGAGCGCGAUGCUGCUCCCCCAUAG